UAACAACAAAUGUAGAGCCAUGUUCCAAGAAUUAGUGACUUUAUUUUAUCGUUAUAAAUAAGGCUUAAAUAAUGGAAACAAAAUAUAUAAUAACUACAUUUUUAUUGCACAUCUUUAAGUGGUAAACUGCAUUUAAAGGUUAUAUAGUCCACUCUUACAAUAUAACAUUUUCAACGAUCUCCCGAAAUUAUUUUCUCACGUGUUUUCCCGCCAUAUUUGAUGAUACCAGAAUCAUGACUGAUGUACAAGAAUAUGCGGAUGUCGUACAGGAAUUUAGGGGUGCUUUGAACCCUGGCCGACUGAAGUUGCAGAGUAACAGUGUGAUCUUCAAGAACAUGAAGACCGGUAAGAUCGACCAGUUCCAGAGCGCGGACGUCGAGAAGGCUCAGUGGCUGAAACGAGCCAAGGGAUUCUGUCUGAAGCUGGUGCUGAACAACGACACCAUUCAGAGAUACGACGGCUUUAAGGAAACUGACUACGAGAAACUCUCGAGCUUUGUUUCCAAGUACUACCAGACGUCUCUCGAGAAGGUUGACCUGUCAAUCAAGGGUUGGAACUGGGGCAAUGCUGAAUUUAAAGGUAAUGCCCUGCAUUUCUUCGUGGACAAGUCUCUGGCGUUUGAAGUUCCCCUCACCAAUGUGUCGCAUUCAACCCAAGCGAAGAACGAGGUGACGAUUGAGUUCCACCAGAAUGACGACGCGGCUGUCACGUUGACUGAGCUGAGAUUCCACAUCCCAACCGAUGCCAACGCCGACACCGACCCCGUGCAGGAGUUCUACCAGAAUGUGUUGGAUAAGGCCGAUAUUAUCCAAGCUACUGGAGAAUCCAUUGUGACCUUGCAGGAAGUGCAGUGUCUCACGCCAAGAGGUCGAUAUGACAUCAAGAUUUAUCCCACGUUUCUUCAGCUUCACGGUAAAACGUUUGAUUACAAAAUCCCGUACACAACGGUUCUCCGUCUCUUCCUCCUCCCACACAAAGAUGGCCGACAGAUGUUCUUUGUCGUGAGCUUGGAUCCCCCGAUUAAACAAGGUCAGACUCGAUAUCACUUUCUCAUCCUGCUGUUUAGUAAGGACGACGAAAUGACGGUUGAACUCAACCUGUCCGACGAGGACCUGCAGAACAAGUACGAAGGUAAACUUCAAAAAGAGAUGACAGGACCCGACUACGAGGUCGUCAGUAAGAUUUUCAAGGCCAUCACCACGAGGAAGAUCACAGUGCCGGGCAGUUUUGUCGGCGCAUCUCACACGCAGGCAAUCAGCUGCUCGUACAAAGCAGCCACGGGUCUCCUGUACCCGCUGGAGAGAGGCUUCAUCUUCGUGCACAAGCCACCCAUCCACAUCCGCUUCGAUGAAAUCGCCUAUGUCAACUUCGCCAGGAGUUCGGGCAGCACGCGGUCCUUCGAUUUUGAUGUGGAGUCCAAGUCGGGAACUGUGUACAACUUUGUCGGCUUAGAGAAAGAUGAAUAUGGAAAGCUGUUCGACUUUAUUACUAACAAAAAAUUACGGGUGAAAAAUAUUGGAGGUAAAUCGGCCAAAAAGGAUUACAACGACACGAUGGACGACAGCGACGAAGACAAAGGCGAGCACGAUGCGUACCUCGAGAGGAUGAAGGACGAAGGCAAAAACCGCCAGGACGACGACUUCGACGACGACAGUGAUAGUUCAGAUGUGUCCUUCAACCCGGGAGAAAGUGGAAGUGACGUUGCAGAAGAGUACGACAGUGACCCGCCCACCUCCUCCACCAGCGACUCGGACUACACGGGGGGAUCUGGGGACAGUGGGUCGAAGUCAGAGUCAGGGUCGGGCUCAGAGGAUGAAGAGAAGAAGAAAGAAAAACAGGAGAAGAAGCAGAAAGAAAAGGAGAGAAGAGAAAAGGAGAAAAAAGAAAAGAAAUCAAAGUCUUCUAAGACAGUGAAGGAAGGAACGACCCGGAAAAGGAAAACUAAGAAAGAUCCCAACCAGCCAAAGCGGCCACAGUCUGCCUACUUCCUGUGGCUGAACGAGAACCGCAGUAAGAUCAAGGAAGACAACCCCGGCCUGGGGCUCAUAGAGGUCGCUAAGAAGGCUGGUGAACUGUGGAAAAAGGUGGAUGAUAAAACGAAAUGGGAGAAACUGGCGAAUGAAGCGAGGAAGGAAUACAUGAUAGCAAUGGAGGAAUACAAGAAAAACAAGGGCAGCGAAUCUCCACCGCCAUCCAGUAAACAAAAGAGCCCUAAGAAGAAAAGUCCGAAGAAAUCGGCCAAUGAAAGCACGAUCGGGAGCGGCGGUAACUUCAAGAGUAAAGAGUUCAUCUCGAGCUCCGAGUCCUCGGAUGAAGACAAACCACUGAAGAAGAAGUCGAAGAAGGAGAAGAAGGAGAAGAAGGAGGAGAAGAGGAAAGCUAAAGAGGAGAAAGAGAAUGCUAGUGGCAGUGAAGACAAUGCCGAGGAGGCUGGAGGAGGAGGAAGUUCGCCGGCUGAAUCAGACCACGAAUCAGACGCGGGAUCGGAAUCUAACUGAACUGACAAAUCUAGAAACAGCUCACAAAACAGCUGUAAUUGCACAGGUUUCGGAACUGUGAGACGUAACCUUUACUCAGACGUGGGAUCGGAAUCCAACUGGACUGACAACACAAGAACUAUCAGCAAACAACUGUUAACUACUCAAUUCUGAAAGUUAAGAUGUGAUCUUUUUCUCAGACACACAGUCGGAUUCUAACUGAACAGAAAAACUGUGAAAUAUGUGAAGAAAACUAAACUGCUAUGUGAUAUAAGUGUUUUAAAUAAGAAAAACUGAUAUCACGACCUUCACUUGAGGAAGGGUUGAAUUCUCAUUGAACUGGAAAUGGAAACACCUUAUAACAAAAUAUGGCAUCAUAUUCUUCAGAUGGUUGCAACUAGAGUUGUUGCAUCCAAGGUUAGAAACCCGGGUCUCAUAAAACAUUCUUUCUAUCAUUUGUAUUCAGCAACUAUCUUACAAAAGUGAACUAUGUGAAUCCCAUUCACUGUAGUUUGUAAUGAUCGCCCGGCUGUGCGUCACUGCAUCAAUGUGGAAUAGAAUGUACCAAUAGAAUGUACCAGUAGAUAUAACAUGAACUGUGACAAUGGCCGGACAUUGUUUUCACUUGGCCUGAAGAUGAGAAGAUCUGUACACCACAACAGCUGAUCAAGAUUGUUGUUUUUGGGGGUUUUUGCUUUCCAUGUGAGCAAGUUGUAAAUAAAUAAUAUUAAUGUC